AUGGACGUGGACAUGGACGUGGACGUGGACGUGGACGUGGACAUGGACGUGGACAUGGACGUGGACAUGGACGUGGACAUGGACGUGGACGUGGACAUGGACGUGGACAUGGACGUGGACAUGGACGUGGACGUGGACAUGGACGUGGACAUGGACGUGGACAUGGACGUGGACGUGGACGUGGACGUGGACAUGGACGUGGACAUGGACGUGGACAUGGACGUGGACAUGGACGUGGACGUGGACGUGGACGUGGACAUGGACGUGGACGUGGACGUGGACAUGGACGUGGACGUGGACAUGGACGUGGACAUGGACGUGGACAUGGACGUGGACGUGGACAUGGACGUGGACAUGGACGUGGACAUGGACGUGGACGUGGACGUGGACGUGGACGUGGACGUGGACAUGGACGUGGACGUGGACGUGGACGUGGACAUGGACGUGGACAUGGACGUGGACAUGGACGUGGACAUGGACGUGGACAUGGACGUGGACGUGGACGGACGUGGACGUGGACAUGGACGUGGACGUGGACGUGGACGUGGACAUGGACGUGGACAUGGACGUGGACAUGGACGUGGACGUGGACAUGGACGUGGACAUGGACGUGGACAUGGACGUGGACGUGGACGUGGACAUGGACAUGGACGUGGACAUGGACGUGGACAUGGACGUGGACAUGGACGUGGACGUGGACAUGGACGUGGAAUGGACGUGGACGUGGACGUGGACGUGGACAUGGACGUGGACAUGGACGUGGACAUGGACGUGGACGUGGACGUGGACAUGGACAUGGACGUGGACAUGGACGUGGACAUGGACGUGGACAUGGACGUGGACGUGGACGUGGACGUGGACAUGGACGUGGACAUGGACGUGGACAUGGACGUGGACAUGGACGUGGACAUGGACGUGGACAUGGACGUGGACGUGGACGUGGACAUGGACGUGGACGUGGACAUGGACGUGGACAUGGACGUGGACGUGGACGUGGACGUGGACGUGGACGUGGACGUGGACAUGGACGUGGACGUGGACGUGGACAUGGACGUGGACGUGGACAUGGACGUGGACAUGGACGACGUGGACGUGGACAUGGACGUGGACGUGGACGUGGACGUGGACAUGGACGUGGACAUGGACGUGGACAUGGACGUGGACGUGGACAUGGACGUGGACAUGGACGUGGACAUGGACGUGGACGUGGACGUGGACAUGGACGUGGACGUGGACAUGGACGUGGACGUGGACGUGGACGUGGACAUGGACGUGGACAUGGACGUGGACAUGGACGUGGACAUGGACGUGGACAUGGACGUGGACGUGGACACGUGGACUGGACGUGGACAUGGACGUGGACAUGGACGUGGACGUGGACGUGGACGUGGACGUGGACGUGGACAUGGACGUGGACAUGGACGUGGACGUGGACGUGGACGUGGACGUGGACGUGACAUGGACGUGGACAUGGACGUGGACAUGGACGUGGAUGGACGUGGACAUGGACGUGGACAUGGACGUGGACGUGGACGUGGACGUGGACGUGGACGUGGACAUGGACGUGGACAUGGACGUGGACAUGGACGUGGACGUGGACGUGGACAUGGACGUGGACAUGGACGUGGACGUGGACGUGGACGUGGACGUGGACGUGGACGUGGACGUGGACGUGGACAUGGACGUGGACACGUGGACGUGGACAUGGACGUGGACGUGGACGUGGACGUGGACAUGGACGUGGACGUUGGACGUGGACAUGGACGUGGACGUGGACAUGGACGUGGACAUGGACGUGGACAUGGACGUGGACGUGGUGGACGUGGACAUGGACGUGGACAUGGACGUGGACUGGACGUGGACAUGGACGUGUGA